AAACCAGGCAAUAUUCAGAAUUCACCUAUGUGGUGCCUCAGCUCUGGUUGUAGCCUUUUCACAUCCUUCCCCUGAGAAUUCAAGAUAGCAACAAUUUUAGAUAAUCUCCUUACCUUUCUUCUAAGCCACUCCAUACUUCACAAGGAAAAUCAUGGCAGCCAAUGACUCAAACUAUAAUGAAGAGGAGUUUUUGAAACGUCUCUAUGCCAUCAUGUACACAAUCAUCCUGAUUCCCGGGCUGAUUGGGAAUGUUCUGGCUCUCUGGGUCUUCUAUGGAUAUAUGAAAGAAACUAAACGGGCUGUGAUUUUUAUGUUCAAUCUUGCAAUUGCAGACUUGGCCCAAGUUUUAUCUCUGCCACUAAGGAUUUUUUAUUACCUGUCUAAAAGUUGGUACCUGGGGAAGGAACUUUGCAUGUUUUGCUUCUACCUCAAGUACGUCAACAUGUAUGCAAGCAUUUACUUCUUGGUUUGCAUCAGUGUGAGGAGGUUCCAAUUCCUCAUGCACCCUCUGAAGUUCAGUGAUUGCAAGCGCAUCUAUGAUAUGUACAUCUGCAUUGUGGGAUGGCUGGUGGUUUGCGUUGGCUGCUUAUCUUUCCCCCUUCUGCGUCUUACCUCCAACAAGACCUGUGCUGACGAUAAAUGUUUUGUCGACCUGCCCUUGAAGACUGCAGAUGAACCUAUCUCAAUAGCAAUGAUGUCCCUGGGUGAGCUGGUUGGCUUUGUAACCCCUCUGUUGAUCAUCUUGUACUGUUCCUGGAAGACCAUCUUAUCUCUCCAAGAGAAGAAUUCUGUUUCCCAAGACCUUGGGGAGAAACAGAAGGCCUUGAAGAUGAUCCUGACUUGUGCUGUUGUCUUUUUGAUUUGCUUUGGUCCUUAUCACAUCAGCUUCCCUUUGAAUUAUUUGGUCAAGACCCAAAAUAUAGAAGAUUCUCAUGCCCGAAAGGCUAUCUUGAUCUUCCACGCAAUUGCCUUGUGUCUUGCCAGUUUAAAUUCCUGCCUCGACCCUAUAAUUUAUUACUUUACCACAGAUGAGUUUCGAAGGCGGCUUUCAAGGCAGGUUUUACAGGACAGCAUUCAAUUUCACAACAUGCACUGCGGACGUGCAAAGCAUCCAUCCGAAAUAAAUAUAGUUGAAUGAUUGAUGGGAAACUCAUAUUAUGAGUGGGGUAGGGUCGAUAAUACCUUUAUUUGUUGUCAUGAUAACUUGGGGAAAAGCACAGAUUUACCACUUAUUUUAAACAUUUCACUAGAAUACUUCUCCAGGUACAACUGGCCCAUAUAACAAUCAUGGGGAUAAAACUCAAAAUAAUGCUGUCUUAUUUAGUUUAACACGGAAUAGAGAGAAACCUGGACAGGCUUUCAACAUUUUGAUGUAUUCUACAACAAUAAAGUAGAAUUCUAGGAAUCCUUGCUAUGUUUGUUCCUCAACCUAGAUUCCUUAUCUCAAGGGGUUCACAUCUAUCUUGAAAGAUUGCCCAAGUUUGUCUCUGACCCAUUUGAUACUAAGAAAAUUAAGAUGGAGUUACCUUGAGUUUCUUUUUCAUUCUUUCUUCUAUUUCUGGCCUGUGUAAUCUCUAGUCCAAAACCCUCCUUAACAGCUCAGUUCUUCUUUCCCCUUUUAAUAGCAUUCUUACACUUCAUACCUCAUUGACAACAAUAAAUCAUUCCAGAUGUUAUUGGAAGGAUAAAUCCUCUUGUGAGAUAGUCGCAUACAGGAUGGAAAAGAGACAAGAGGGGAAAAUGUGCUUCUUUUUGAUAUCUCUUUGAUAAAAAGAUAUGAAGUAACUGCAGUUUUUCUAGAACUUUAAUUUUAUUUUGUA